UUUAUAAAUACUGUUUCAUGGUAUAAACAUUCUGUUGGAAAGAAACCACUUCUCGUAGCAUAUUCAGAACAUGGCUCUGGAAGUGUUACAUAUCAAAAUGGCUUUAACAAGAGAUCGAUACUUUAUCAGUACUGGAACUGGCUCUUUUAAUUUAACCAUCAUGCAUUUGGAAGAAUAUGAUUUUGCAACCUACUAUUGUGCUGUGGGUUUCUUGAACGUUAUUAAAUUUGGAGAGGGGACGGUUCUUCUACAUAAAGAGAGCGAUGGAAUGAGAAGGACCACGGUUCUCCAGCAGCCAGUAUCCGACAGACUUCAUCCAGGAGAUUCAGUGACCCUGCAGUGUUCGGUCAUCAGUCAGAUCUGUGCAGGAGAAUACAGCGUCUACUGGUUCAGACAUUCAUCAGGACAUUCUGAUCCAGGAAUCAUUUACACCCAUUAUAACAGGAGUGAUCAAUGCAUGGAGAGAUCAGAGAACGGCUCUCCUACGCAGAGCUGUGUCUACAGUCUCUCUCAGACUGAACUCACAACAUCUGAUGCUGGAAUUUAUUACUGUGCUGUUGCCACAUGUGGGCAGAUACACUUGGGAAAUGGAACUAAGUUAAUUAUUAAAGAUUUAGUCAUCUGGAAUCCAAUUACUUUAAUCCUGGCAACACUGAACAUCAUGACCAUGUUUGUGAUUAUAAUUCUGCUGAUAGUGAUUCAAAAGAUCCACAUUAGAGAUGCCUUGAAUCAUCCUAGAAAUCAAUGGAAGCAGGACAGCAUCCCUCCAGGAGCAGGAUUGGACACCCCUGCCCUACGUAUUGGGGACAAAAUGAUCCAAAACUCUUGUCCUUGUGGGGACAUUUUUUGGUCCCCGUGAGGAAAAUUGCUUAUAAAUGCUUUUUUUUUUUUUUUUAAAAAGGUUUUUUGAAAACCUUAAGAUGCAGAACGUUUUGUGCAAAGGGAUAAAAACUACAGUAAACAAUUAUGUUUAUGGAAUAUCCCCGUGAAACAUGGAGACCCAAUGUGUGUGUUUGAUUUUGUUGCAGAAGAUUUGGUAAGCUUACUUGUUUCCGCAAACAUUUUUGAGGUGUUAAAAUGAGACUCUGAGUGCUCACAGUUUAGUUUUAGUUUUUUUUUUUUUUUUCACCACAAAUUAUCUAUUAAAUAAGCAUUAUCCAGUUCAGUCAUAUCAAAUUGAUUUUUGUCAUUCUCAUAGUAUUAACUAGUUUAAAGCUGUUUAGGUAUACAUUACACCGACACUUUUAUGUCAAAGAGAAGAAUUACUUCUGAGGGAGAACUUCUGCAGUCCUUUCUGCAUAUCAGCCCCUCUCAUCUCUUCCACCUGGCCCAGGCUGAUUCCAUAUCAAUGGUCUGAUCUAUUAAUUCAUUGUUUCCCCUGUUUGAUUUUGGUAUCAUUUUAUGUCUUAUUGUGAUUGUGUACAAACAUCUCAUUAUCUCAGCUGAAGAGUAGAUCAUAAUAAAGAUUUAAG